AUGGCGGACCUGGUUUACCGUUUCAAGCGUUACAGCCCUAGGCAGAAGUUGAACUUGAAUUUUAUUGCCAAUCCUCCUCCCCUUCCCGAAGGAAUCACGGAAGGGAUGAUAGAAGAUUACGAAGGGGAGGACGCUUCGGAAGAGCCCGUUGCCGAGGAGGCUGCUGCCGAUGCCGAGGAGGCCACUGCCGAUGCCGAGGAGGCUGCUGCCGAUGCCGAGGAGGCCACUGCCGAUGCCGAGGAGGCCGCUGCUUGA